GAUGGUUCGCUUCCGGAAAUCUGAUGAGUUAUUCGAGUUUCUGGACAUACCAGAAAAUACCAAGCAAGUUGAGGUUAAAGCAGCUUAUAGACAGAAACUCCAUACAUACUUUUCCUGUACGAGGUCCGUAUGCGAGAUCGAACUCGGCCGCAUACGAAAUGUAUAUCGGGUCCUUUCAAACCCAACAUUGAGAUGACAAUAUGCCGAUUUCAUCGCGUCUGGGGACCGUACAUCAAACACAUUUACGAUGCCAGGGUCCGCAUCAGACGGCAUGCUUAUGGCACGAGGAGCAGUAGACGGACAACUGGUCAAUGCAAUUCCCGAUACUGGCGCUGGCUGCAACUUGGUGUCUUCUUCGCUUGCCAAGCGACUCGGUCUUGAGCCACCACCCGGCCUGUCAGAGGCUCAAGACACAGGUCUUCGCAUGGCCAACGGCAAGACCAUCAUGAGUGCCGGUACCGUCAAUGCUGUAUGGAAAUUCGCAUAUGAUCCAGAUAAAUCCUGGAAAAUCGCGUUCCAGGUCAUCAGUGAUCUCGCUCAUGAUGUUGUCCUAGGAAGCGAAUUUCUCACAACUUCGGGCACAAUGAACCAACACCGUGCCUGUCUGAGCAGAGCUCCCCGACUUCCUUGGGCAACAUCGGUUCUCUUCGCAAGCAAUGUUAAAUCUGUUAGUCAACGGCUUCAAGGUACAAUCGGCGGUGUUGCAGUCCUGGCACUUGCCGACUCAGGUUCUGAGUCAAACCUCCUGUCGUCCAGCUUUGCGCGCCGCCAUACGAAUUGGCAUGGCACCAUUGAUUGGAAUGAUCAACGUCUUUUGCUAUUCCCUGACGGCAAAAUGGAAAACACAAUGGGUCCUGCAUGGGCACAUUGGGCCUGCAUGGGCCAGUCGAGCUCUCCAUUAAGUUGUGAUGAUGCGGCCUUCCAAUUCCAUAUUCUUAAGAGUUGUAUCCAUGAUGUCAUCUUGGGUCAGGAUGCGCUCGAAGAGAUUGAAGCCUUCGCUGACCACAUUGCAUCGUUCGUGGAGUCCGACCAAGGUCCAGAGCCGGCGGAUUUCAACUUGGUCAUAUGGGUACCUGUUAAGCACCCAAAGACGGACCAAGCCACGGAUGCUGGCGCCAACCCUCAGCUGGACCAACAGACAUCGAAAGAGCAUUCGGAGAUUCCGCCCCAGAGUCAGAAUUCGGAAAGCCUUCAAGGCCCAGGAGUUUCGAAUACCUCUCAACUCCCGGAUGGAAAAGAGACUGAAUACUCAUGGUGGUCAAGAAGAUUGGCGGAGCGUAAGCGGCAGUUUGCUGCUCGGCGACACAUUUCUCAAAUGUCGCCGGGCCCCGACAGAGAUGCUGCUACCGCAAAGGAACAAGAGAUGCGCCGAGUCUUCAAGGCAAGAGAGAAAUCAAUUCUGCCCAAGCAGGUGCCUCAGCAACCCAGGAAGUUUGAGAAUUACUCGGCGCAAGAAAUGAAAGACGAGGCUUCGAACAACCACGAAGAGCGCAGGCUGCGGUUCUUCUCUCGCUGACUCGACUCUCGAUGCGGCCAAGAUAGGAAAGACCUUGGGUUGUAACUUUUAUUGCCUUGGUGACCCGGUCGCUUCUUGGGAGAGGUAAAGAGCAGGAUGCGGA